UGAGAGAAACAAAUCUCAACGAUAUGCAUUUGGCUCUUGCAUAAGGUUUGCAUGGUUCAUUUCCUCCAGGUUCAAUUUGCAUGGAUUUGUCUACUUUACCUUACCUUACCUUACCUCACCUUACCUUACCUUACUUGCUUAAAUGAUUUCAUACCCAGAGGUUUCCUCAAAGCCACAUUCACACACACCAGAGCGAGAGAUGAAGAGUGCUUACUUUGUCCUCCUUCUGGCUUCUCUGCUAGAAGCAGGAACAUGUCUGUUCGGAAAAAUGUACACCUUUGUGAACAUGAAUGUGUCGUGGGUGGACGCUCAAACAUACUGCAGGAGCAAUUACGUAGAUCUGAUCUCGUUUGAGUCAAAUUAUGAUCUUCUUGACUUCGUCACAAUUAUGGAGAUAAGUCGUAAUGGACAAAGCUGGAUCGGUCUUAGCAAGCCUCCAAACGAGCUUGCGUUUACUCAGUGGUCUGAUGGAAGUCCAGUUCAAUUCACAUCUUGGCAAAAUGGUAGGCCUAGUGCCAAUAAUCAAUUGAAAACAAGCAACAUUAAUCAAUGUGUGGCUAUCCUUAGAUCAGGUAACUGGUCGACUUACAGCUGCACAGAACGUCUGAGUUUCUACUGCUACAGCUGGUAUCCACAGAUCAUCUUGGUGCAGGAGUUGAAGCCCUGGGAAGAGGCACUGAGACACUGCCGAACAAUCUACACUGACCUCAUAAGCUUGCCCACAGAGACAGAUUUUUUUGUGGUAAACAGGAGCUUGUGGAAUCAGGAAACCAUGGUCUGGACAGGUCUGCGAUUUAUAGACAGCUCAUGGUUCUGGGUGAACCAUGAGCCUUUGGGGAGCCUCGUCAACCAGCCAUCAUGCCCUGCCCCGUCUUUUCGUUGUGGGGCCCUAGUACCUGGUACUAUGGUCUUGGAGAACAGAGACUGCAUGGAGAAAAUGAACUUCAUUUGCUACAAAGAAGAUGUGUGAAGAAUCGGGACAAGUAGGAGAAGAAGAGAAGGAGAAAUGUGUGAUGCAUGUCAGUUUAUUAUUAUUAUUAUUAUUAUUAUUAUUAUUAUUAUUAUUAUUAUUAUUAUUUACAUUUUGGCCCUAAAUUGUCAACUGAAUUAAUUUACUGAAAUAUUUUGCCUGUAUUUAUCUAUAUACUGUUAUUAUUAGUUUUAAAGAUUUUUUUUCUUCGGUAAAUGUUUGCUUAUUUUAUUGCAUAUAACUGUUGUGUAUCUGUUAACUGUAAGCUGUUAGAUAAUGUUAUAAGAUAAAUGAUAUAUAAUGUCCAUCUGCUAUCAACUUAGUAUUAGUAAUAAUUCAUAUCCAUAGUAAUAGUUACUUUGCUCUUUAACUAUGGUAAUUAUGAUCAUAAAUAUUUUCUAUCCUUUCUCUCUGUGAAUGUUGCACUCAUUUGUUUUGCAUUUCAACAUUCCAGAUUACACAUCUUAACCACAGAAUAGCCUGUACUUAUACUUCCAGGUCAACAUUUCAGGUUCUGGCUGAAAUGUACUGCAGUGACAUUUUUUCAUAUUUGGAUUCAUGAAUAUUUGAUUUCUAGACUGUGUGGUAAAUAAGUAGAAACAUUGUAAAAAAAAAAAUAAUAAUAAUAAUAAUGAAAAAAGAAUUCAUAUUUUAUUUUUUUUUAAAAGAAGAAUGUUAUUUUAAAAAAUGAUUUUCCUGUUGGUGUGUUCCAAGCACAAAAAAUAUAUAUUUAAUUUUUAUUUUAAUAAAAAUUAAAAGUCAUUAUCCCAUUUUCAUUUCAAAACUAAAAAAAUUAUUAAUUAAUUAAUUAAUGGAACAUGCACAGACCUUUCAGUUAUUGAGCAAUGCCUGUUAUUUUCAAUGCUUACGCAUGCUCUAAAUAAAUGUA